CCGAAGUUCGCACGAAGGCAUUAAACAUCAGAAUCGGAGAAAAACGAAGAGGAUUUACGCUUUUUAACAGGGUGCUGUGACACAAGGCAGUGAUGUCUGAUAACAGCACUGGCAGCAGUGAGUCCUCCAAUAACAGCUGGACCCUCCUCUCUCCUGAGGAGGCAGCUAUUGACACUGCAGGGACAGUAGAUGAUGGGACUGAGAGCAUUGGUGAUGCACCAAGCCUUUCAGAGGAAGUUGCAGGAAGCUCUUUGGAUGUGAGGCUAAAUGAGACUGAACCAUCGUCUGAGAUCAUUUUCUCCGAAGAGGGACAACAGGUGAUUGCUGUAUCAACUGUUUGUCAGGAAACAUCCCCAGAAUUCUUCGAGGAGGGAGCGGCUACUGGCUUUGUUGAGACUGAUCCUGAGAUCUGCGCACCUGUCAUCCAUGACACCAUCACCAGCUCCCCUCCAGACAACGAUCUGCUGGGCGCGGUUCCCUUUAGCAUAGCCACAGAGUCAGCCCUAUUCCUUUCAGAGGAGGCUUCCCUUGAAAAACAUUACGAAGAGAUGUUCCCUGAUGUACAGGAACCUCUCAAACCUAGCCCUGUCCCUGAAGCUGAAGAUAAAGUGACUCCAGCACCUGAACCUAAAACAGAAAUAAACCCCUGUCCUGAACCAAAAGCUGAAAUAACCCCCAGUGAUGAAUCCUUAGGUGAAACUACAGACUCCCCUGCCACCCCAGGUUCUUUGUUUUCUAAUGUCCCUGCAAGCGGAAGCAUAGUCUUAGACAGCUACAAUCGUAUAUCUGCAGUCGCUGUGAUAGAUAUUCAUGCUGAAGUCAUUGCCAGCCCUGAAAUCCAGUCUCAACCUGAGCCCUCUGAAUUUGCAUCUGGAGCUGACAGUGCUGACCGAAAAGUCACUGGUUUUCAUGUUUUGGAAGAGCAGGAGUCCACAAUAGAAAGAGAAGCAUCUGAACUAGCAGCUAAAGGUGUAGAUGUGGUGAGAGAAGCAGAAUCUAUUGGUGCAGAUUGGCCAAUUGAACACCCAGAAGAGAGCAGCAGGCUGCGGCUCCGUCAUGCACAGCACGCUCAAGAGCAGAGAGAGAGCUCAGACGAUGAAGAGAGAGAAGAAGUAGAGUUCAGGGUUCCAGAAAGGAAAGAAGAGAAAUCAGGCUUCUCACUGAAUCAUCUGAUCAUAGGUGCUCUGGCACUGUUGUGUCUUGGCUCUCUUUUCUUGUCAGAUGACCACGAUGGCUCAGAAUUAAGUGACCAGGAACUUCUGGAAAGACUGGCUCAAGAAAACAAGCAGAUUUCCAUCCUGGAGGCUCAGUUACAGUCUCAAAAGGAGGAACUGGACCAGGCGCUGAGGACAGCAGCUAAGAAAGGAAUAACUGACAAAGAAAAUACCAAGCUGAAAGAAGAACUCUCUGCAAUGCCUGGUCUAAAAGAAGAACUAGAAGCACUCAAAGCUAGAAUUGCUGAGCUUACCCAACUCACAGCUGAGGAGCCCUCAGGACCCCUUUCCAGCUCUACUCCAUCUCCUGCAUCUCCUCCUGAUGUUCCUAAAGACAGCCAAGGUCCGGCAAAGCCUGAGAAACAGUGGAACAAGAAAGAGGAGCUCAAGAGACAAAAAUCCCUUCUAGAGGAAAGCAAAAAGAGGUUGGAAGGAAUGAAAAAACAAGGCUGGAGCAAGAAAGGGCUGAGAGAAAGAUUGGUUGAGGUGCAGCAGAGGCUCUCAGACCAGGUGGACCAUCUUGACAAGCAAUAUGAAUGGAAGAGGAAGCACAACGAGGGAAAAAAGAGGAAAAAUGAGCGGGAGGAAAAAAGGAGUAGCAAAGACAUGGACACAAGAAAAGGGUGGAAGGUUGGCAAGGACAAGCAUGGUCAGAAACACAAAGAGCACCUUAAACAGUACCAUGAAGAGUGGGAGCGUAGCAAGAUUGAGAGAAAACAGGAGAGGGAGAAGAGGAAGCAGGAAAGGUCUUGGCAGACCAAACCUGGCCACCAGCACCCACAGGAUAAGCACCAUGUGUCUGUAGACUUCUGGAAACACCAGGAAAAGAAGCUGAGGAGAAAUCUGAACCCUCCAGAACACUGCAAUGAUGUAGCAGGCUGUGCUGAAGCAGAAGGCCUGGUUCCUGUUAAGUUUUCACAGUUUCAGAGCCUCUUACAAAUGUACUUGAGCAAACUAGAAGGGCUGACCGAGGAGAACAAGGAGGCUCUGCAGCAUCUGGUCACGCAGUUCUUUUCUGAUGGCAUCUUUAGCCACCAUACAAUGCUUUUCAGCGAGUUUGCGGAGGAUGUCGCCGACAUCUUGGAGGACCUGGCAGACAUCCUUAAGGACGAUGAUGUUCUAGAGGAAAAGAUGGAAGAGUUUGAGAGGGAGGCACUGGUAAAAUUCGCAGCAUAGAGCAGCAAACCUUGACUGUAAUUGGAAGGGUAAACACCACAACAGAAUCAGAUGACCGCCGAAUGCUCUCACCACGUAUAGUUUAAUUCCCAAGGCUUCACGAUAUAACAGCAGUACGCCUGUAGUAUGUUUUGUACGUUGUGUACAAGAGACUACGAUGAAAUAAGGUGUCUAAGAAAUGUUUUCCGACUGGAGAUGGAAAAUUCGCCAAAUACUUUUAACUUGGAAAUAACAUCAAGCUAUAACAUCAAGCCUCACAUAAUGCAUUGAUUAGAAUUAGUUCCGUAUAUUUUGUUAAACUGAACACAAAAAUGCGCCCAGGUGGUGCAGAUUCCGCUAGCACACCAGCGCCGAGAUUCUGAACUCCUCGGUUCGAAACUCGGCGUUGCCACCGGUCGGCUGGGCGCAAUCUGGCGGGCAUAAAUGGCAGUGCCUGCAGCAGAUACUAAUUGGCCACUGUAUCUGCUAGGGUAGGAUCUUCAUACGCUGUGUAAGGACCCUGAUUGGCGGAAGAGACGCCUGUGCAGAAUGCAUGGACAAGAAGAGGAGGGCUGUGCACGUGUCGAAAGAGGCGUGGGCAGCGACGUGCUCUCCUUGGAUGCAUUCGGGUAUCCCUCAUCAGCGGAAGACAAAUUGACUGCACUAAAUCGGGAGGACAAUGGGGAGAAAAUGCAUUAAAAAAAAAAAAGGUAAACCAAAAAAAAAAAAAAAAAAAAAAUCACUGUCCCUUUUAAAUAUUUUCUUAUGAGGUCAAAAACACCGAUCAGCCAUAACAUUAAAACCACCUCCUUGUUUCUACACUCACUGUCCAUUCUAUCAGCUCCACUGACCAUAUAGAAGCACUUUGUAGUUCUACAAUUACUGACUGUAGUCCAUCUGUUUCU